AUGUUUUCCUGCUAGUCAUAUAGAGCUUCACUAAUGUAGCCAUCACUUCACUGCGGUUCAGUCAGGCGGACCGGGGAAUGAGGAAGGUAACAAUAUCCCGGGGAGACAUAAAUCCUUGUUCUUCUACAUUAAAUCAUUAACUAUGCUAAUGUAGGCUGGAUGAAUGACACACUUGUAAGUGUGUAUUUAUUUAAAUUUUUAGUCAUCAGUAGGAGGGACAAAAGACCAUAGACAUUUCCUCCGUGUGGGACUGCACCGGCUACUCUCACCCCCGCCGUCUCUCAGAUUGGUACAUUCCGCCGCUGCAGGUCUGAUUCAGACACAGCCUGAUCUACCGGUGGAUCUCCGUCUCUGCGUGAGUUGGGCGUGUGUGUGUCUGCAUCGCCUCUGAAAUUAACGAGGGUGCUCGUGCUACACACAGAGCUUAAGGAUAACUUAGAGGAAUGUAGCUGAACUCGUGUUACUGCUCAUUGUUCGUGUGCAUGGCAGAGGAAUGAUACCGAACGCCGAGUGACCCUGACUGCAAGCUGCGGCUCCGGUCGAGUGUCCGUGACAGAGUCGAAGCUAUGGUGGAGAGAAACGCGAGGAGAACAACGUUGGACUUAAACGGAUUAAAACAAGCAUCUGCUUAAAGAAAAGGAGACGUCUGUGCGCCAUACUCCUGAUGCACCUGCGCCACCAGGAAAUGGUCCUGUGAUCUAGAGCUGAUGGAGAUGUUGAAGAGACAGUCGCAGUAAAUAGUCAACUGCGGAGAAACUCACCUUUACAGCCACCUGUCUCACCCUCCUCUACACGGCUGCUGCCUUUCUGCAUCUACCUCAUCUCUUUUGACUUCCUGACUUUGACUUUUGACUUUACAUGCAGUGAAGUUUUCCUCUGCGUCACAUCCAGCUCUAACUGAAGUUAGGACAGUAACUAAACAUUUCCCAUUCUUGAGUUCUUAUAUUUCCUGCACCAGGACGAGUAGAAACCUGUGGAAUGCUGGAUCACAAAAUGAAAGAGACGUGUCGCAUCUGUGGCCGGGAGCUCUGUGGUAAUCAGAGGCGAUGGAUCUUCCACCCCACCGCCAAACUCAAACUGCAGGUGCUUUUGUCCCACGCUCUGGGCAAAGAGCUGACCAGGGAUGGCCGAGGGGAGUUUGCAUGCUCCAAGUGCACCUUCAUGUUGGACCGCAUGUACCGCUUUGAUGCAGUCAUUGCGAGAGUGGAGGCCCUGUCCAUUGAAAGACUGCAGAGGCUCCUGCACGAGAAACACCGGCUGAGACAGUGCAUCGGUGGGCUCUACCGGAAGACAAAUUCCGAGGGUGGAGGUGUAACAGGUGAUGGAGGAGAGGAAAGAUCUGGAGAUGGAAUGGUGGACAUUUCUGGCCUUGCUCACGCAAAGUACUGCGCUCUGCUCCAAGAUGACCUGGUCUACUCACUUUAUGAGUCCUGGGCUGAUGACAGUCUGGAUUGUAACCAACAUCAUCAUCAUCACAAUCACCACCCACAGUGGCCUGCAGGUUCAGGGUCAGAGGUUACAGUAGCAGGGUCACAUCGAUGUGUGCACACAACUCCCAGGAGGUGUCGAGGAUGUUCCUACUGGCGGGUGCCAGAUUCUGACUACGAAGCUGUUUGUAAGAUUCCCAGGAAGUUGGCCCGGAGUUUUUCAUGUGGUCCAUCCACCAGAUAUUCAGCCAGUGUUAUCGGAGGCACUGUGGCUGGACAAAUGGGAAAUAGUGGAGGAGGAGCAGAAGGAGAUGGAAGAAGUGUGACCGAUUCUGAAGAACUCCCCUCUUCUCCCACUCUGGUCCCUGGCUCCCAGGACCCCUCAAGGGCAUCAGACAGUGAUCGUACACUGGCUGGACGAGCUGGCUCGGACCCUUCUAUAGCAUCACUGGACACAGUAGAGGAGUAUGUCCAGCCCAGAGCCAUGACAGAUGGCUCUCUGUGCUCCCCUAGGGAACACAUGGAUGACCGGAUAUCUGACUCCCUCUCAGAGGAGCACAUGGAUGUCCCACACAGUGACUCCUCACCAGGGCUCAGCCUCUCUCUGUCCCUCUGUUUGCUCCAGAGCUGUAGCAUUUACCGGCCUGUCCGGACCACAAAGGGCAGCAAGCUGCCAGUACUGAUCAGACGUAGCACCAGAAAUGGAGGCUCAAGGCUGGGAUUCUCUGAUCCCGUCCUUGGAAUCGCUUUUGGAACUCCUGACAGAGAAAGAGAUGAGCAGAUGCCGACAUCCGAGCUGGAGACCCCUCUGAUUAGACUGGAACGUGAUUUUAACAUGAGGGACAUGGAUGAACUGUUGGAUGAUGUGUAUAAACAGUAUCCUCCACCACCUCCCCAUCAGACUCUGGUGGAGGAGCAGCAGAGCCAGCUUAACCAGUACGAGUGUGCAGCUGGUCAGUGUGUCAGCGAGCUGCAAAAGGCCCAGCUCCAGGUCCAGUCCCUGCAGGCCAAGAUCGAAGAGAGUGAGGCCAACAACAUGAAGCUGCAGGAGAAGCUGGAUGAAAUGGAGCGUGAGCUGCGAUCGCUCCGACAGGCAGCUCACAGUCAGGAAAGAACCAUUCAGGGCCUCACUGAGUCCAUUAGCACAAAAGACACUGAGGCUCAGGAGCUGUAUCAGAUAAUCGAAGGGCAAAACUCUACCCUGUGCAAACUGCAAGAAAUUGCCCAUCGAAACCAGCUGACCCAGUGCACGAUUCCAGAAGGAGUCGGCGAGACUUUAACCCUCACCCAGCUGCAGAGUGAGUUGGUGCGGGUCCAGAGCUCCCUGUUCUCUCUCGGCCUGGAGCUGGAGGCCACUCAGAGGAGUCUGAGGCAGAGUCAAAGACAAGGGGAAGACCUGAUGAGGUUCAAAGAAAGACUGAACUCUGAUCUGCAGGAGGCCCUGCAGAACCGGGAGGGCACGGAGAAACACAACCAGGACCUGCGCUGUGCCCUACAGAAAACACGUGCUGAGCUUCAGGCAAAAGAAGCAGCUCUGAAAGAAAGUGAAGUGGAGAAGCACACAGUGGUGCAAGAGAAGGAGGGGAAAAAUGCACAACUCAAACAGUGUCUGCGAGAGAAGGAGCUACAGUUACAAGAAUAUUCAGACAUGUUGGAAAUGACAGGAGUCUCGAAAUCAAGAGAUGCUCUCCUGGAAAAACUAAGACAGCGGAUUAUGGAGAGAGACAAGGCUCUGGAGCGCUCUAUCGAUGACAAGUUCCACAGUCUGGAGGAGAGUGAGGGUCAGGUCAGGAGGUUCCAGCUGGCCUUCAGGGAGAAAGAACGAGACUUGGAGCGUCUACGAUGCAUCUUGUCCAGCAAUGAAGAGACCAUCACGAGUUUGGACGGUCUUGUGCGAAGUAAAGAGCUGGAGGUAGAGCAGGCAGCGGAGGCCUACAGGAACCUGCAGUGGCUGAGCCAGCAGGCUGAGGAGAAGGAGAGAAGUGCUCUGAGAGAAAAGGAAACUGUCAUCAAACAGCUGCAGGCUGCUCUGCAGAGUCGCAGCCAGGAGACACAGGAUCUGACGGCUGCCCUUGUGGCCAGAGUUCAGGCUGGUCCCACUGAGGUGGUGGAGGAGCUGAAAGCCCGUCUGGCACUGAAGGAGAAACUGUUCCAGGAGCUGCUGUCGGACCGCAGCCGACAGUCUUCCGAACAUCAAGCACAGGUGCAGGAUCUGUUCAACACCCUCAGCUCCAAAGACCAGUAUCUGCAGGACCAUUCCUACAGAAUGUCCUUAGUCAUCAGCGAGCGCAGCAGCCAGAUGCAGGAGCUGCGCAGACAGCUGUCGCUGAAGGACCAGGAGCUGUGUGAGCUGAGGCGUGAGAAGGAGAGGGAGGUAGGGGGAGAGAUGGAGAAUCUGCAGAGUCUGCUCAAAGAGAAGGAGGCCUUCAUCAAGGAGCUACUGCAGAGCCAGGAGGAGGCGAUGCAGCUGUCAUCCAAAGAGAGUGAGGCAGAGGUCAAGGUUCUCCAGGAGGAACUGCAUGUUGUAAUGAAGAAGGAAAGAGAAGCUCAGGAGGAGCUCUCUGCUCUGCGCCUAUCUUUAGCCAACCAUCAAAAUGAUGGCAUUACCGAAGACAACAUCAGUUCUCACCAACUUAUGUCUGAGUACAGGCAGCUGAACGAAGCCCUCCGGGCAGAGAAGAGGUUAUACCAAAGCCUGAUGCGUGUGCACAGCAAGAGUGACAGUGGCAGCUCAGAGAAGAUCCAGGUGCUCCACACAGAGCUAGACUCUGUGCAGGCACUCCGUGGACAGCUGGAGGAAGUCCUGGCAAGGACCCGCAACAUGGCCUUAGCACUGGAAAAGGCAACCAAAGGGCAGCCUGACUUUGGAGAGCUCAGCACAGAGGAGGAAGAAGAGGAUGAGGAGCGGGACGUUGAGGACAGCAGCAGCGAUGAGUUCACCGACAGCAUAGAAGAAGAUGAUAAGGUGGCGGUGAAAACCUCGGCCUUCACUCAGGUGUCUGUGAAGCCUCAUGAAGCAGGGCAUGUGAGGGCAGGGCUGAUGAGGGCAGUUCAGACGCACGGCCCUGAGGUUAAACACCUUGAAGAAGCAAAGAGGGGGCUGGAGUUCCAGCUGGAUCAAAUAAGGUCACACCUGGAGAGGGAUGGCUUCACUUCUGUCGUUCAGAUGAGGAAUGAACUACAGAGGCUGCAUGAAGAGAACCAGGCUCUGAGAGAAGGUCAGGGAGGAUUUGGAGAAAACACAGGAAAAAAUUCCAGGAGACUGAGCUGGGGAGAGGAAGAGUUAGAUGAGGAAGAGGAGGAGGAUGAAGAUUGUGAUAUUGAGGAAGAGGAAGAAGAGGAGGUGGAGGAACAUGAAACAUCUCCAACUCCCGUGAAGAAACAAAGUAGUGUGUGUGUCAGUCUGAGUGAGGAGCGAGGCACGGGGAAAUAUAAAAGGCCUUGUUCUCUGGACCUGGGAAUGUUGUCAUCACAUCAUCACACAGACCAGACUGAAAUGGAGGCGGAGUCUGCUGCUCGCAGGAGUGAUGCAGGAGCACCGUGGCAGGAUAAGGACGAGGGUCUCCGUGAGCAGACUGCCCGCCUGCGCUCUGAUCUGGCUCUGAGUCAACAGGAGAACAGAGAGCUGCAGGAGAGGCUGAUGGUGUCUGAGGCCACGGUCCAAGCUCAGGCAGAACAGCUGAAGGACUACAGAGAUCUUCUCACUGAGACAUCAGUCCAACAGGCCAAUAAACAAGUGCAGGUGGAUCUCCAGGACCUGGGUUAUGAGACCUGUGGUCGCAGUGAGAAUGAGGCUGAACGAGAAGACACCAGCAGUCCUGAGUUUGACGACCUGGAGAUGUGUACAUCCCUGUCCCAUCCUCAGGACUACGAGGGUGGGACCAGUAGCUGGUACAGCAGUAACUGCAGUGGUAACAAAGCAGCCUAUGAAGCAGCUGAUGAAUCCUCCGUCCAGCAUCUCGUCGUGGAUCUGCGCUCACAGCUGACCCGCUGCCACAAGGUCAUCCGGGGGCUACAGAUGCGAGUCCGCUCCCUGUCUGCCACCAGUGACUACGCCUCUAGUCUGGAGCGCCCCCACCGCAAGGUGAACUGGGCCUUUGAGACGUCGCCUGUACCUAGCGGUGCGGAAGAGGACGAAGGCUGGAUGUCUGACACUCAGGGAGUUCGAUCUGGCAUGAAAACCAGCAAAGACCUGGAAGAACUGAUGGCUCGAGUUGCAUCACUGGAGGCCCAGCUGAAGAGCUCCCACUUGGAGGGAAAAGGCCAAGAGGAGGGAAAAUGUGCAACCUGGCCUGGGAAAUACAACUCUCUCAUCCAGGCACAAGCUCGUGAGCUCUCCCACCUGAGACAGAGAAUAAGGGAAGGACAGGGAGUGUGUCACAUCCUCACCCAGCACCUAGGAGACACCACAAAGGCCUUUGAGGAGCUACUGAGAGCCAACGAUAUUGAUUACUACAUGGGUCAGAGCUUCAGAGAACAACUGGCACAGAGCACCGCGCUGGCACAAAGAGUGUUCACCAAGAUCAGUGGACGUGAUCGUGCAGAGAGCCAUGAUGAUAAAAAUGGCCAUGAGUUGCUCGCUAUGAGGUUAAGCAAGGAGCUGCAACAAAAAGAUAAAAUCAUAGAGUCACUUCAUACCAAACUGCAGCAGCGUCCUGAGACGCCAUCCAGUUGCCAUGGCCUCUCUGAGACCACUGACCAAUCAGACCGUACCUCCCUUGUGUCUGACGAGUACAGAACCACUGAAGACCUGGAGCUGUGCUCUGAUUUAGACGGCAGGGAAUAUCGGGAGCAGCACAGGAUGCAGGUUCCAGGACACGGACCGGGAGCAGACGUCCGUCCACCUUUCCCUCCUCCUCAUGGACUUCUCAAGUCAUCCAGCAGCUGUCCCAACAUGCUUUCCUCAGCCCCUGUGGCUCUGAGCAGUCAGGCCCCCAGAGCCCCUUUCAGUGAACCUGUUUCCCCCUUCCUUCCUGUCCCCCUUGGCCCUGAUAUCUGGGGUAAAGAAGUCACUUCUGACCCCCGGCCCAGGGCACUGUCUGUGAUCGCUGUCCGGCCAGAGCUGGACACUCUGUACCGACAGAGGAACGAACAGUUCAGGGGAUUUGCACUUCCAGAAGACAAGCCCCAUUUCACCCUCUCUCCUGCCAUCCACCACCAGCACGACCCCUGUGGCUACAGCCUGCUGUCCCCUCAUGCAUUUCAACAAUACCAGCUGGGUGGCAUUGCAGAGGCUCAUUCUGUGAAAUCUGACUCUGCACUAAUGUCAGGUGUGAAUUUGUGGGACAUUGAGAACUUGUUACCGAAAACAGGAGGUUACGGGCCAUCAUCUGCACAUCAGCCAGGAAGCAGCCCCACAGGGAUAAACUUGAUAGAAGAGCACCUGCAGGAGGUGAGGUGUCUCCGUCAGCGUCUGGAGGAGUCCAUCAGGACGAAUGAGAGGCUCCGCCAGCAGCUGGAAGAAAGACUCAGUUGUGGGGGACAAGGAGGAGGAGCACCGACAAACAUCUACAUUCAGGGAAUGGACUCAGUCACUCAGCUGUCCAAUGAGAUCAGAAUCCUGAAGCAGGAAAACCUGACUCUGCAGUCACGUCUGCAGGCCAGCACAGACACCUGUGAGGAGGUCGUUCAGUUGAGGGAGGCGGUCUUCGCUGCACAGACACGUCUGAAGCAGGCAGAGCUGGAGGCUGAGCAGUGGAAGGAUGAGCUGCGGCGUCUCCAGAGUCACAGUCAGGAGCAGGGCGAGCAGAUCCACACACUGAGAAAGGAGCGACAGACCAGUCAGGAGAGAACCAACAGGCUCCAACACGAGGUGUCGUUGCUGCAGCAGCAGCUGUGUGAGAGCAGGGAGCUGAUCCACUCCCUACAGAGCGAGCUGCAGGUUUAUGACCGAGUGUGUUCCAACACCAAAACCAGCAAAGGCUACAAGUGUGGUCUUCCCGUGGAGCUGGGGGAGCUCCUCGGGGAGGUGAGGAGUCUCCGGGCCCAGCUGCAGUCCAGUGUUCAGGAGAACAGUGCUCUCAAACAACUAGAGCUGCACAAGCAGCUGGAGCAGAAGCUGGGACCGGGCUCUCCUCGGACGCCGUCCCUGUCUGCUCUCACCGCGAGUCCUCAGAGAGAAAACUUCUACCGGCGACAGCUGCUGCACGACCCUGCUCCGUCUCCACCGGUCAGAGACAUUGGUCUGUUUAACUGUGGGUCACCUGGCCCUCCCUACUCUGACCUGGACGACAGCCACAGCACUGCUAAUGUAGACUCUCUGGACCCUCACUCAGAGCUGGAGGGGGAGGCUCCCGAUGGAUCGUUUGCAAAUCGCAAUGGCCGCCACGCCAUCGGUCACAUGGAUGAUUUCAGUGCUCUGCAGCAGCAGGUUCUGGAGGGCCGCAGUCUCAUCCAGCGCAUGGAGACCACUCUGCAGGCCUGUCUCAGCCUGGACAUGAAUGAGAAGAGUGACAAAAUGGUUCUGGACUCUGGGUGUGUGAGGAGUCUGUUGUCCAACACCAGGACUCUGAGGCAGAUCCUGGAGGAGUCUACGUCUCUGCUGAAGAUGUUCUGGAGGGCAGCGCUCCCCUGUACUGAACCAGCAAUCCAGAACCUCCAGAAGGAGCAGUGUAUGCAGGAGGAGAUCUUGUCCCUGAAGCUGCGGGUGUCAGAGCAGGAGGAGGUUCUGAAGGGAACCAUCCAGAGACUGAGGAGCACCAGCCGCACCAAGGAGAGCAUGGAGCACUUUAUAGUCAGUCAGUUAUCAAGGACUCGUGAUGUGCUGAAGAAAGCCAGGACAAAUUUGGAGAAGAAUGAGCUGAGGCUUUCGUCUCUCAGCUCCUCCUCCUCCUCUUCCUCUCCUUACACUGCUGAGGACCCAGGAGCUGCUGCCAGGGGGCGCCCUGCUGAUCGCAGUUUCCUAAAGACCAGCACCGAUGCUUCUGGAGCAGCAGCCAGUCAGCGCCCAGCGACAAGAAAGCGCAGCAGUCAAUGCCUGCUUUAGACUCUUUAAAGAACCAGCCUCAAUGCUACCACCUCUGACCUCUAUGUGCUAAAACAGCCAAGACAUAUUUAACACCCCUCCACACCCCGCCUCUAGCUCUGCCAUGAGGGGGCGUUACGCUCCCUGCUCCCCUCACCUCCUCUGGGCAACAUGUGCACAGUUUGACCUGCACCUCCAGCCUUACCGGACCCCCUCUCACUCACCCCCCACUAAAUCCCUUGAAUUACUGUCUUUGAGUAAUGAAGUCAGCAGUUUGCCUUGUGUGUGACAGAAGAAUGAGCUUGACAUGUUCUCUUGAUGGAAUCAAGGAUGUGUGUCCUACUGAUGGAGCCAGUUGAAGAUGCUCUUAGAUACUGAUCUUGGAUCAGGUUAUUGUGGGGGUUUUUUUGUUUGUUUUUUUUUUUUUUUUUUUUUGUAGAAUUAUGUCAGUGUUCACAUCAGAGUAAAUACAAUUUGAUUAAGUCAAUUUGCAAAAAAAAAAGAUUAGCAAGAUUAGCAUAAUUUAGCAACAAAUGAUAGUAAUACAUCUCCAAAAAGCGUUUUGUAUCAUGCAGCAUAAUCUUGGUAAGAUUAUAAGUCAAUGAAGUAAAACCACUACCGCAAAAAGCAUGUUUUAAAGUCAAGAUGCUUAUAACCAGUAGAAAAUGUCUCUUCAUCAUCUGCCUCACAUUUACUUUGAGUUUCUGUUCUCCACUCCUCUAUCAGUGAACGAGAGCAUCCUCUACUGGCAGCCUGUGGACAGGGCAGUUGUUCAUGCAUGUUUUAAAAGGUUUGCGGGAGGAAUUCUGCACACGUGCACACAUGUCUAUGUGUGUGUCAGAUUGAAAACCAGUCACUCAAUGACAUGACGUUUUCAGUCAGCUGAUACAGAACUGUUUACUUCUAUGGCUCUCACAUUAUAUUAAGGACUUUUUUGGCAAAUGCAAUGCAAAAAAAAAAAACACGUCCAUCAUGUUUGAGUGGACACAGUGGAGGACUGUAGAGGCAGGUGAUCACUGCUGUGUAGCUGUGUGUUAGCUCUAUGUCUGUGAUUGUAAAGCUUUUGAAUGAUGUGUUAGCCAUUAGCCUAAAAGGGAUGUGACAGAAGCCAGUUGAAGGUUCCAUUUUCCAGUCACAAGCCUCAGUUUUAAACUCCUGAUACUUUUGGCAUUAGAGUUCAUUUGAAAAUGAGGUUAAGACUUGAAAUGGAUGAGUUAAGUUCAUCAGUUCUGAUGAUCGGCUGGGAUUUAAACUAUACAGUGUUUAAAUAAAAGGAGGUGAAAAGUGCUCAAAUGGAACCAGGCUAAACGCGUAUUCAAACUCCUGUGAAGGAGAACUCAUCCGAGCAUGUGCAAUAAUGACGGUUCUUUAUGCUGCACCACGAUAUUGUUUCUUUGCCUGACACUGAAUAAUUAGUCACAGUCAUCAUGAUGACGUAAGGGAUUGUGCUUUUUUUCCCCUCUUUAAUAGAGUGUGGAUGCAUGAUGGAAAGUGUCGAAACCUGAGCUGUGGAACUGGGGGUCGCCAAUACUUGCCAAAGUUUGAAACGUGAACAUUUGCCUUCACUUUGACUGAUUUGCCUCGUCCAUGCGAAUGCGAAGCCGACUGAGCAGAAAAUACAUAGACAACAGCCGAGACUACAGAGUGAGGAUGGAGAACCAGAGAGUGUGGUACCGACCUCACUGGUUCAGCUCAUUCUUGAAUUCUGACAGACCUUUGGUUUGACACCAGGGUGUUUCUCAUUUGAAGAGGAUUUGGAACCACAGAGACGGUAACCGUUAGACAGAUGGUUCAGUUUUGUUUUUUUUCUCUACUAUUUUGGACCAAAACUUGGUGAUCUUUUUUUCCCUUAGUCUUUGAGUUUGAUUUUUGGUUCAGGCUGUGUAAACAUUCCCAUGGCAGUGGCAAAAAAGGUGUUGAGGUUGUCCUGGCCCAUACAGACUUUGGCUGUGGUACUGGUCCCCUUGUUUUCUGUCAUUUGCUCACAUGUAUCAGUUUAAUUGCACAUUUAGUUUGAAGUGUUUUUUCUCGCUGUACAUUUGGCCAUUUGAUGCUGUAAAUGUCCUGCCUUCGUGUGUGUGUGUGUGUGUGUGCAUGAGUGAGUGUGAGUAUCCAACAUUUGCUUUUUGCAAAGUUGAUUAUCUGGGGUAGCUGUGCAAUAGCUUUAUUUAUCCACACGGUUCUGAUGUUAAACAUCACUGUAUCACUCCUAGGUUUGCUACAUUCACUCCAGUGUAUGAAUUAUAUGCAAUGUUUGUUGGAGAGAAUUCUGCUCGAGACAUAACAUAUACGUGUCACAUGAUCGUUCACCUCUGUUCGCUUGCCUUCACUUUCUGCCUGAGAGCUUCUUUAGCAUUAGAAAAGGCCUUGACUUGAAAUCUGCCAAAUUAGGUUUUAUUUGCGCUCAGUUUUCUCUGAAAAAAGCCAAAAGUUGCCAAGUAUCUCAUUGAAGGUAAAUGUUUGGGAUUGCCUUUCUGAAUUGGAAUAGUUUUACAGAAUUGUAAGGAAAAAGCCAGUCAAUGGAAGGACAGUGGAGCAGUGGAUCCACAAAGCACCUUUUUUGAGCGUAAACAAAGCCUUAUUGCUUUUUUUUAGGAAGGGAAACAUUGUAUUGUAAGCCCUGAGUUGCGUAUGUAUAUAGUGCUUUUUGAACGAUGCGGCUUUUAUGUGAUUGGAGAGCAGCGUUGUUUCUGGUUUUGUGUAUAAUGAAGUAGAAGGCCGACACAGGACUCGUAUGAAUCCUGUCUCUGAUGACAGUUAACACGGAGUGUUGUGAUGGCACAGGUAUAAUCAGUGAAAGGUUUGGAAAAAGACUGAAAAAAUAAAUAAAUAAAACAUAUUAG